AGAAAGCUGAAUUUCCUCCAUAUAAUUCUCCCGAAACACUAUUUGAGUUCCUCAACCCAAAGUUUACCAUUACACUCAAUUAAUUGCAGACAACAAACCGAGGAAAGACAGCAUGUAUCUUUUUCACAAUACAAUUAUAACGUUUACGAUUUCAUUUGUAUUAGUUGCUUUUCUGGUUUGUGUAUGGAGGGCUUUGGAUUUCUUGUUGUUGAAGCCCAGAAAGAUUGAAAAGCAACUCAGAGCACAAGGACUUGUUGGGAAUCCCUAUAGACCUGUCUUUGGCGACUUGAAACAAUACAUUAAGAUGAAAAACGAAGCGAAUUCGAGGCCAAUGAUCAAUCUCUCCGACGAUAUUCUACCACGAGUUAGUCCUUUCUUCCUUAAAACCGUCAAGAAAUAUGGUACAAGUUCUUUUGUGUGGUUUGGUCCUCUACCUCUAGUUAUCAUCAAGGACCCAAAACUUAUGAAGGAGAUCUUGCAAAAUCAUAAUCUCUUCCACAAGGCUCUAUCCCCGGAUUCACUCGACUUAAUGUUGGCACAAGGCCUAUUUACUGCUGAGGGAGAUAGGUGGGCUAAACACAGAAAGUUGAUCAAUCCUGCUUUCCAUCUUGAGAAGAUCAAGCUUAUGUUGCCAGCAUUUCGUUUGUGUACCAUGCAAAUGUUGGCCCAAUGGGAGAGAAGUCACUCCAUUGGAGAAUCUUGCAAUAUAGAUGUUUGGCCUUUCCUUGAAACUCUGACCAGCGAUGCUAUUUCACGGACAGCAUUUGGUAGCAAUUAUGAAGAAGGAAAACAGAUAUUUGAGCUUCAAAGAGAACAGGCAAACCAUAUAAUGGCGGUUUUUCAAUCAUUAAAUUUCCCAGGAAUGAGGUUUCUUCCAACUAGGAGAAAUAGAAGAAUGAAAGAGAUUGAACAGCUGGUUGAUUUGAAAGUAAGAAAUAUCAUCGAAAAGAGAAUUAAAGGUAGAAAAUUAGGAGAAGGCAACAAGGAUGACUUAUUGAGCAUACUAGUGGAGUCUAAUGCUAGAGAAAUUGCACAACAUGAAGGGAACCAAGACUUCGGGUUAAGCAUCGAGGAUGUUAUACAAGAAUGCAAGCUCUUCUAUUUUGCCGGCCAGGAGACACUAACAACUUUGCUUACCUGGACUUUAAUUCUACUUAGCAAGCAUCAAGAUUGGCAGACCCGUGCUAGAGAUGAGGUUUUGCAAGUGUUUGGGAAGGAAGAAAUCGAUUUUCAUGGCCUUAGUCAGCUGAAAGUGGUAUGUUUAUCUACUAAUUAACUUGCACUUUUUAGCUUGUCACACUUGGAUUUGCACACGUAUUAACAAACUUUAAUUAGGGUUCCCACUUAUGUUGUAUUGUCUUUCUUUACCUCUAAUUAAUACCCAACAAUCGUAUUGAGACUCUUGCCUAUGUGACAAAAAGGGUAAUUGGUGGCAGUAUGAUUGGGACUUCUUAUAUUUACCUCCUUAGAACUAUAUAUGCUGAUUCGAUUUUAUUUUAUUUUAUUUUUAAGAUAGGAAUUUAUUUACAGAAAAAAAAUCACUUCCUCUAUCUUAAAACACUACAAAUUUAAAGUAACUUAAUGUGGACUAUUUUUUUAGUUAGUGACAAACAUAUAUUGGGUUUAUGAACUGAACUUUAUGAAAUUUGAUUUCCCUUGCCUCUGAUUUAACAUGUGGUGGCGCUUGGCUAUUUUAAUUUCGGAAUUAAUUUUUUUUCCCCGCAGUUGACAAUGAUCUUUAAUGAAGUUCUAAGACUGUACACACCGGGACCAGUGAUGAUGAGAAGAACUCAUAAAGAAGUAAAAUUAGGAGAGUUCAAAUUUCCAGCUGGUGUGUAUUUUGCUUUGCACGUAUUGAUGUCGCACCGUGAUUCUGAAAUGUGGGGUGAUGAUGCAAAUGAGUUCAAACCAGAGAGAUUUAGGGAAGGAAUCUCAAAUGCAACUACAAAUGAUCAGGGCCAAGCCGCAUUUUUACCAUUUAGCUGGGGGCCUCGAAUCUGCAUUGGACAGAACUAUGCUAUGGUACAAGCAAAAUUAGCUAUGGCGAUGAUCCUGCAACGUUUCGCCUUUCAACUCUCCCCGUCUUACACUCACGCACCCCAUAUUGUAAUGGUGAUACUUAAACCCCAACACGGUGCCAACAUAAUUUUGCAGAGACUGUAAUAAGUUAUGGAUGGCACGAUGUAUGGUGGCAAGAACUAAUUAAGUUGAACUCGAUCUUUUGAGAAUGAACGAAAAGUUUAUUUAAAUUUCAG